AGAGCCACAGUCAAUGGAGCUCAGCCCAGCGGAGCGAGUGCGUCCGAGAGAGAGAGGAGAACCGGACGAGCGAGAGCAGCUCUGAGAGAGAGAGAGAGAGAGAGAGAGAGAGAGAAUGCAAGAGAAUGAAGGUGGAGGGAAAUCCGUGAAGUUGUGAAACUCUCCUAAACUAGAGUUUUAUUCGUUUACAUGGGAGGAGAUCGAGAUUUGGAAAUCUAUUUAUUGAGAUCAUGGAAACCACACAAAGUCCAGUAUCUCAAAACACGUCCAAUGCGCCCAACAACUCCACGCCCCCUUACAGCGAGCUUCAAAUGGUCCUGCUUGGAACCGUAUUGUCUGUGCUGGUCCUAGCCAUAGUCCUGGGUAAUGUGCUGGUGAUCACGGCCAUUGCCCGCUUCCAGAGGCUCCAGAACGUCACCAACUGCUUCAUCAUGUCUCUGGCCUGCGCCGACCUCGUCAUGGGGCUCAUCGUGGUUCCCUUCGGCGCCAUCCACAUCAUCCUCAACAACUGGUACUUCGGGAGGUUCUGGUGCGAGUUCUGGACGGCGACGGACGUGCUCUGCGUCACGGCGAGCAUCGAGACGCUUUGCAUCAUCGCUCUGGACCGCUACCUCGCCAUCACGUCGCCGUUCCGCUACCAGUCCUUGCUGACAAAGUGCAAGGCUCGCAUCGUGGUUCUGCUGGUGUGGAUCAUCGGGGCGCUCAUCUCCUACCUGCCCAUACAUUUGAGAUGGUAUUUGUCGAAUUCAGACGAGGCGCAGACGUGUAUGAAGGACGCCAGCUGCUGCGAGUUCCAACCCAACCGAUUGUACACCAUCAUCUCCUCUAUUAUUUCCUUCUACAUCCCUCUGGUGAUCAUGGUCUUCGUUUACAGCCGGGUGUUCCAGGAGGCCAGGAAGCAGCUGAAGAAGAUAGACCGAAGUGAAGGUCGCUUCCACCAUAAUGGCAUCGGAAAAGGGCACCAAGACGCCAACAGCAGCAGCGACGUCCGGAUGGCCAAGAAGCCAAAGUUCUGCUUGAGGGAACACAAAGCUUUAAAGACGUUGGGCAUCAUCAUGGGCAUCUUUACCUUGUGUUGGCUCCCGUUCUUCGUGCUCAACGUGGUCGAGAGUUUCUACCAAGUCGACAAAUACCUGUACCGGAUCUUGAACUGGAUCGGAUACGCCAACUCGGCCUUCAACCCGCUGAUCUACUGCAGGAGCCCGGAGUUUCGGUACGCCUUUAAGGAGAUAUUAUGCAAGAAGAGGGCGCACUACCCCAACAUCAGACCCUUCAAUGGAUACAAAUACAGCGGGCACAGCUGGCAGAGCGAGCACCAGGGACGGAGCAAAGGCAGCUCCGAGGACAGCGACCCGGUGGACGGGAGCUGCGAGAAGGACGAGUGCAGUUCUGUACAUCGGACAGACCAGACUGACUCCAACGGGAACUGUAAUAAAGCCAUAAUGAACGUUGCGUGAUUCGCCAUGAGUCUUUAUCAUAACGCGCCAUGGAACACAUUCCACUGAUUCCACUGUGACUAAUAUGCCAAAGAGAUGUAAGGCAUAAAAAACAUAAAUUAACGCAAUUCUUCAAUUCAACGCCAUUCGGGUAAGUGUUCCCAGGCGGGGAUAGCGCGGUAAUGGGACGAGAUUGAUUUGAACAUUUUCAUAUUUAAGUUUUUCGUAAAAUACUGUAUGUCGUUGUCAUUCGUGUCAUCUACCUCAUUAUGUGUGUUGUUUUUUCUUAGUUUUUUACGUUUUUUUUUGUUAUCUUCGCUACCUUACGAUGUCAAAGCACUCAACACUCAGCCCUGAUGUACUGCUGUAGUCUUUUUGAUAAAAACAUAAAAACAAUGAAAUGACAUGAAAAAAGACGAUAUAACUAAUAUAUAAUAUAUUUCUAACAAUGACGAAGACCAGUGUCUGGUGAAACACUGUGCUGAAUGUGCACUUCAAAUGAUAAAUUAACUAAAGACAAUGAUAAUAAAACUAUUUUUUUUGUAUAGAUAUUGUCGAAAGCUAUGGUUGUUUUGCAUUCAUUCCAUUUUAAGAUAGUGUAGGCAAAAUUUAUGCAAACUUUACAAGACUACAAAUCUAAAUUAGGAACAUUGGGAACAUUGUUCAUGAAAAGCAGCCUUUUGUUUUCUAAAAAAAAAAAAAAAAAGUAUCUGGGCAGCUGUCGAACUAAAUGUGCAUUGGGAAUGCCAAACAGCCUUAUCGUUACUCAUAAAUCGAAAGAUAAUGCUCAAAAAAAAAGAA